AUGGUUCUCUCCUUCAUUCUACUGCUACUCCUCCCUGUUACGCUUGCUGCCCGUAUCUCUGUCGACCAAGUCCGACAACCGCAACGUAGCGGGAGCGUCCCCAAGCUUCACCACGUCCUGGCUGCCUCGAGCGAUACGGAUAACAAUUUGGAUAUCAACACCGUUCAUGACCUGAUUUACAUGGCAAAUUUAACUGUCGGCGACUUUUCCUAUCCUGUUCAGCUGGACACCGGCUCGUCAGAUGUCUGGAUCAAGGGCCCGACAUCACCUCUUCCCAACUGCACCGAUACACCGCUCACCUACAAUCUCACUUACGGAAUCGGUUGGGUGUUUGGUCAUAUUGCGUAUGGGCCAGUUAGAUUCGCAGGAAUCAAUGUCGCGUCUCAAGCACUCCUUGAUGUUUCGACGGCCAACAAUCCCGCCUUGGCCUAUGGAGCACAAGGCCUUGUGGGACUUGGAUUCACCUCUCUGUCCUCCAUCGACCAUGCUCUUAACCAGACCGGUGCAUCAACUGGGCGCAGUCUGCUGUUUAACCUAUUCCAAGACAACCCAUCUGAACCCAACUUCAUCGCCUUCUCUCUUCAACGGAGCACAGAUUCCAGCGCUACGGUUCAAGGCACUUUCUCGAUUGGUGAGGUCGAACCGCAAUAUGCCUCCGUGAUGGACAAGGUCCCCAUUCCUACCUGGCCAAUAUCAUCUCCCAAACGCUGGAAUGUACUUCUGGAUGCUCUUCUUCUAGGAGACGGCACUAUCAUUUCCGUGAACACAACGGUCCCCGGUGCGCCUAGCAACAGGGCGGUCGUGUUGCUCGAUAGCGGAACCUCGUACACUUACGCUCCACCGGAAAUAUGCGCGGCUAUAUACGGUCGUAUUCCUGGUGCUUAUCUCAUCGACGGUCAAUGGGUUGUCCCUUGUUCUGCCGAAGUAGAUGUCGCUCUCCAGUUUGCUGGGCAAGUUUUGCCUCUGCACCCUCUUGAUGUGUCACCCGUUAGUAUCGUCAACAACUCCCUAUGUGUUGGAUCCUUCGUUCCACAAGCUGUCACAGUGGGGACUGGAGAAUUUGACUGGCUCAUCGGCGACAACGUUCUGCGUUCAUUCUACUCCCUCUACGACUUUGGAGAUUUCGAUGCGUCAAAGCGAAUGGCAGAUCCUUAUGUCAAACUGUUGGAUCUCGUGGAUCCUAUUAAAGCAUCCAAGGAUUUUCAUGCAGCUCGUGGAGGGAAUGGGGCCACCAACAUCACGUAUAAUGUCGCCAACAGCACUGCGAACACAGCAUCCUCAGUUUCAGUGUCGUCGGACGUGAACGACACUCUUAACAAGAUUGUAAUGUUCCUUCCAGCGAUGCUAGGCAUUAUGGCCCUCAAUGCUGCUGUCCUCAUUGCUCUCAUCAUCUUUGGCAUCGUCUUCAUGUGUCGCAAGCAGCGCAAGACCAAAGCAACCAGCCGCAAAAUACGUGGCCGCUCGACUCCCUUGCAAAUUGACCCUCGCAAUAGUUAUGUCGCUGGGGCUGACCCACAACCACAUGCAUAUGCGCCUGUUUCAAUGGCAGUGACCGAAGACUUGGAGGGUGCUCGUCCAAUGUCUGCUCACGCUCGAGACAGCUUUGCUGGAGUCCCGUUAAUGGAUCGUGCUCCAGUGUCAAUGGCCAUCAGCGAAGACGAGAUGUUCAUUCCACCUUCACCGACCGCUCGUCCCUUCAAGAGUAGUGGGUUACGACCCAAAGAACCAGAGAACCGUCCAGACAGUACGGUUUACCAACGUCAGCCUUCCAUUGCGGUCUCAGAUGACCAACCCUACGCGCCGCCUUCUCCUGGCUUCCGCAAUUUUGAUGGUCAGCAAGGAGAUCGGCCAAAGAGUGCGGUAUACCAACGACAACCUUCUGAAGACUCAUUGGCUGCUCCUGCGCGUAGUUUUGACGAGAGACCGCGUAGCGUGGGUUACCAGCGCAGUCCAUCAGAAGAGGAUUCCGUUUUUGUUGCAGAACCUACUCAAGCUGCCCCAGAUUACAUUGUGUUACCACCUCCUCAUCGCCAAGCGCCACCCCCACCCCCUUCCCGUCAGGCACCGCAGGCACCUCAACGAACCAUCCCCCAACCCCCACCUGAAGACUCUCCACCCCUAUCUUCUUCUCCAGAGCCUAUCCUUCCACCACAACGCCGAGCUUCUCAAAACUCAGUACAUGGCCAAAACGAUCAAUAUAUUGUACCCCAGCCAAUGAGUCGCAACUCGACAUACUCUACCCACCUGGUUGAUGACCAAUUCCCGCCUGCACAGCCACGCCAAAUGACGCCUCAGCCUCGGAGAGAUUCGUCUUACUCUGUUCGUCUAACGGACAAUCAGUUCUCUCCGGGAACAAGCAGCCCAGGCCCUGUCCCUCGACCGCGACAACCCUCGAAUAACAGUAGUCUGUUUGUUCCCCGCGAAUUUUCGGGGCGGCCGGGUGAUAGGCCUCAAAGCUUCGCGCCUGCUGACCCAUCUUCUCUCGUUCCUCCAACACCAGCUUUCCACUCUGACGGCGGAGGACGGCCGAAAAGCAUGGCCAUGUAG